CGUCAUCGCCUUGCGCCGCCCGGAAGUGAUUGUCCCUGCUUCCGGGUCAGCCGGGAAGCCCGGGCCUUCCAUCACCGGCCGAGUUAAGCAAACUGAUGAAGUGUCCACCGGGUGACCAUGGCGGUGUUUCACGAUGAGGUGGAGAUCGAGGACUUUCAAUAUGACGAGGACUCGGAGACAUAUUUCUACCCCUGCCCCUGUGGGGAUAACUUCUCCAUCACCAAGGAAGAUUUGGAGAAUGGAGAAGAUGUGGCAACGUGUCCUAGCUGCUCUCUCAUUAUAAAAGUGAUUUAUGACAAAGAUCAGUUUAUGUGUGGAGAAGCAGUCCCAGCACCUUCAGGCAACAAAGAGUUAGUUAAAUGCUGAAGAAGCCCCCGGGAACCCAAAUCCUGAGCAGCAGGGAAGGAGCCCAGGUGGAUGGAUCAAGUGCUGAGUAGACAACCUCUUCACAGGACAGCUGUCUGUGGCUGGCUCUUCCAUGUGGAUCUUCAUCAGCUGCCGAAUUCAUCAUAAACAGACGAGCCUGUGACGUGUCCGACCUGGAUUUCCUGUUCCCAUGGAAUUGGAAGGAUUCCUAAUUGUCCAUCUGAAUUUGAAGGAAGAGCGUUAUAAACUGGUGCUUUUCCUUUCUCUCAGUUGCAUGAUUUCAGUAUCUUAAAACUAAUUCAUUUUCUGAAAACAGCAUCGUCCACUUCAAUCCUGAGGCUCUUUAUUUUAUUUUUUAAAGAUUUAUUGUUUUAUUUUUAAUUAUGUGAAUGUGUGCAUUUGUGUGGGGGUAUGUGCAUAUGAGUACAGUUGCCCAGGAAGGCUAGACGAACUGGAUCUCCUGGAGCAGGAGUCACAGGCAGUUGUGAGCCACCUGACAUGGAUAUUGGCUGAUCUCUGUGUGUUUGAGGCCAGCCUGAUCUACAAAGCAAGUUCUACAACAGCCAAGGCUACACAGAGAAACCCUGUCUUGAAAACAAACAAACAAAACAUAUAUAUAAAGUAAACAAACAAAAACAAAUACAUUAGCUUAUAGAAGAUACUCUCAUUCACACCUCCAAACAGUUUUCGGUGUGGCCUUGUGAAGUGAUUGAAAGAACUAACGACAGACACUGGGUCGAGGGUCUGUCUUUUGUGCAAGGAUAUAAUGCUAUUGUAACUCCAAAGGGAGUGCAGCAUUGUUCUGCCAUGAACCACAUCCUAACAAUAAACAGAACUGCAGCUCUCACAGUGACCACUGAGUCUGGGGUAGGGCUCACAUCCUGGACUGCAACAAGACCUUCAGCUGACUGACUCCCAUACUUUGAGGACCAUCUUUCAAGCUUUGUUGUGAAUGAGUAAUCCCCUGGGUUGCUAUGAGAACGCCGUCUCAAAGAGUCUGGUUAAAUCUGGGUGCAGCUUAAACAUCAUCAGGAUUUGUUUGAAAUGUCCCCAGUGGUCCUGAUGCCCAGCCAAAGAAAGUGGGUUGGAAAAGAAUAUAAUUUAUAAUCACAAGGUAAACAGGACCCAGUUGUGUUUUUAAAUGGUCACACCUGCUUUGCGUGUGGAACAAUCACGUGGCCUCAGUUAGCCACACACUUUACAUGUAGACCCACAAUAGACCUUUAUGAAGAGUCAACUGGGAUCACUCAGGCUGGGCUAACAUGCACAGUGGGAGGGUCUCAAGCUGGGUGGCCUCUGGCCCCGUCCUCUAUUUAAACAGACAAUUCCAUUUUCCAGCACAUGCUCUGGUUGCUAAUUACACAGCUUACAAAAGCAACAACUUCUCCAGGUGUGGCUAGGAUUUUUAGCUGGUUCGAGGAUGCCUGUCACCCUCUACUUCACACCAGUUAAAUUGCCCCUGAUUUUGAAUUUGCCUUUACAAAUUCUGAAGCCACUUUAAAAAUUAUUCCUUGUUAAGAGUUUAAAACAAGGAACAUAUAAAUAAGAAAUCCUAGUAAAAAAACACUAUCCUAUAACUUCAGAAUGCUCAGAGUGGGGGGCAGGAAGUGGAAUGGAAGCAUCUCACCUUCCUGGACACACUUGAGACAUUUGUUGAGGAGACUCAGAACUCCACAGCCUCCUAGACUAAGAUAAUUAGGAUGUCCUGUCACAGAUUUGUCCCAUCUUCUCCCAGUAUGGAAGCCAGAGCAAGGCUAUGUAUUUACCCUUCUUUAAGUCACUUAACUCGACCUGAGAAGCCCCUCUUGACACCUUUCUCUGAGAACUCAUGGUACCCUAUAGUAUGUGGUCUUCCUCAUUUCAACAAGCCCCCGGGAAGGUGGUCAGUGCUGGUUUACUACACAGAAGGAGGUAGUUGAGGAAGUACUCUCUGGGAGCCACAAGACAACCAAGGCUGUGACCCAGAGAGAGCCUCAGUGGUUGGUUCUUACUGCAGGUGCUAUUUCUGUCCUGAUCCUCCUCAUUUCAGCCUCUGCUCUGAAGAACACUUCCCUGGGUGCCCAGACUCAUCAGACAUGAGGUCCAGGUCAGAACUAAGCCUCUACUUCUCCACUUCCAAGACUCCACUUCCAAGAAGUCUUGGAAGUUUCUGGAGCCUGGCUUUCCUUGCAAGUGCAGUCUGUAAGGUAUACUGGCCUCAGGAGUAACCUUCAGCCAAUAAGAGAUGAGAGCUGGGUGGGAAGUGUCCCAGCCUGCUUCUCAUUGGUUGGUUAGUUCUGGCACAUAUCUGUGAACAUCUUAGGACAUGAAGAUUCAAAGCACAAUGUUCACGACACCCUUGCAUUGGCCUCUGUCCCUUCCCUGUCCCACUCGCCAUAUUGUCUCAUUCUUGCUUCCUGGCAUCACCUUCCAAAUAAACCAUCUGCCUCCAACCCCUU